GUAUUCGUUGCCAGGACGACAAGAAACGACAAAAACUCUCCGUCUCCGCCAGCAGCAUUGUGGGAGUAUCCAAACUCUGUGCUGCGAGACCGAACUAUCACCUGAACAAACAUUAGAGGAUUCGGAGCAGUCCGGUUAAACAGAAGGGGCUUUUUUUUUCGGUUCAUACGUGGAGUUAAUGACGAAUCUUCUUCUUCUCGGCCGACAGGGACUGACCGAGCGGUGAGCGACGGAGCCGUCUGACCACAAGUCCAGAGGAGGCGUGUGAGCUUCCAGAUCAGCUCCAAGACACAUUCCUUUUAAUCAAACUGAAAGUAUCUCUCUGCUGUUUAUUCUGCGGCUGUGUCUUGCUAUCAGCUGUUCCAACACCUGUUUGCUGGACGUUUUUUUUUGUUUUUUUUAAACACCGCAGAGGACCUAUCAAAGAGUAUGGUGAUGCUGUCUGCAUGAGCUGUACAAGCAACUGUCAAGGAAAAUGAGCAAAACAUAUGAAUCAGCCAACGUGUCUGAGGUGGAGGAUCACAUUUCUCUUAAGUAUGAAAUCAAGAAGAGGCUUGGAAAAGGGGCCUAUGGCAUUGUGUGGAAAGCAGUCGACAGACAAACGGGUGAGAUCGUGGCCGUGAAGAAGAUCUUUGACGCCUUCAGGAACAGGACGGAUGCGCAGCGGACAUUCAGAGAAAUCAUGUUCCUCCAGGAGUUUGGAGAUCAUCCCAACAUUGUCAAACUUCUAAAUGUGAUCAGAGCACGGAAUGAUAAAGACAUUUACCUCAUCUUUGAAUUUAUGGAUACUGACCUGCAUGCAGUGAUAAAGAAAGGCACCCUACUGAAGGACAUCCACAAACGUUAUGUGAUGUACCAGCUCCUUAAAGCCCUCAAAUACCUGCAUUCAGGAAACGUCAUCCACAGAGACCAAAAGCCGUCCAACGUGCUGCUGGACACUGACUGUGUAGUCAAGCUGUGUGAUUUCGGCUUGGCCAGAUCACUCAACCAGAUCCAAGAGGACAGUGGGAAUCCAGCACUGACGGAGUACGUGGCGACGCGGUGGUACAGAGCUCCCGAGAUCCUGCUGGGAUCCACGAGGUACACUAAAGGUGUGGACAUGUGGAGUCUUGGCUGUAUCCUGGGAGAGAUGCUGCUGGGAAAAGCCCUGUUCCCCGGGACCUCCACCAUCAACCAAAUCGAGAAGAUCAUGAGUGCCAUACCACACCCCAGCCCAGAAGAUAUUCUCGCCAUCAAGUCAGAAUAUGGAUCCAGUGUUAUUCAGAGGAUGUUACUGAAACCACAGGUGCCUUUUGAGGACCUUCUCCAGCCGUCCGUGCCUCCUGAUGCCCUCGACCUGUUGAGAGGUCUGCUAGUUUUCAACCCAGACAAGCGGCUGACUGCCGAGCAAGCCCUCCAGCACCCAUAUGUGGCCAGGUUUCACAGUCCAGCCAAGGAGCCAGCUCUUAACUAUGAUGUAGUGCUGCCUGUAGACGAUGAUGUACAGUUAUCUGUGGUCCAGUACCGCAACAAACUCUAUGAGAUGAUGCUGGAGAGGAGGACUAAUCAGGGGAUGCUGAGGCUGAUACAGCCAAAGGAUGGAGGCUGCAUCAGUAAUGGGGAGAGGCCGAAAGAGAAGGCCAUGGCAGAGAGAGACCAAGAGGGAGCAAACACUGACCAUGAGGGGAAAAGACAACAGGAAAAUGCUGAUGAGACAAACCACGUGCCUUCGCAUAUGGGCGUCACCAAACCUGUGCCUGUGAAUGUGUCAGCCCCUCCUGCUGAGGAGAAGACUAGUCCAGUGGCCAGCCCUGGUUUAGGAAAACUCACAUACAACCCCAUCACACAUGUCCCAAAUGGUUUUGUUCGAAGUCCAGCUGGCGCUCCUCAUUACUACCACUCCACCGCGGCCAGCAGGAGACGAGAGGAAGAGACCAGUAAUGGAAAUGCGGCAACAUCCCCAACAGAGGGCACCAAUGCUAAUGUAUCCAUGGACCAGAUUCUCCAGCGUGGUCGCUCAGCCCCUGUGACCCAUAACCGUUCCUUCUCCUUGACCUUAAACCAAACCCAGAACAACCCUCUGGUUCGUAAGGAUGAGCCAUCGCUGUCUUCAGGGCUACACGUCACAUCUGCGCGUCUGAACCAGCGGUCAAAUUCUCAGGUUCGCGAGGCCCGGCCAGCGCCACGGUUCAGCAAGAAAGUGUUCCAGAACAACUGUAAUGUGGUAGCAGCGGGCGACCCUCGGGCUAAACUGGGCAGCUACUCGCAGGCCUACGGUACCAUCAACAAGUCUGACCUGGACAAUCUGCUUCAAAGCCGCCCUUAAAACCGGAUACUGUUGUCAUUUCACCGGUUGCGCGUGGGCCACAUUUGUUUGAACACACAACAAAGUUUGCCUUGUACCAGGAUGUUAGUCUCGUGGCAAAGAAACUUUUAAGACUGUACGGUUAAACACCUCUUGUAUACUGUGUAGAUUGUACCCAUUGUCUGUGACAAUGAAUACAUGUUUUAAAAAAAAUCCAGUGUGACUUAUAUGACAUUUAUCAAAUUCUACUAACAGUUUGUGCAAAUGUGUACAUGUGUGUCAUGUCUUUUAAAUGUUUUUGCUAAACAGCAUUCUCACAAGGCUGGAUCACUGGACAAAGAGGACAAAUUCCCUGAGGCCCCAGACCUUUAGUGGCCCUAAAGGCCCAUGUUAUGUGCAUCAGUAGGUGUGCACCAAUUCAGAAACUCAUCAGCUGAAAUGGUAGAUAAAUAUUUAGCUUUCACAUGCUAAAUAUACAAUAUAUUACAUUAAAUUAAAACCUUUGUCCCAACGGACAUACAGUGCGUGCAUUUAACGUGGAUACAACCCAAAAAGAAUCACGCAGGUACAUUAAAGUUCAUAACUGCUUCAACUACAUUAAUAGAGAAAAAGGGUGGAUGUUUUUGUUUUUGUACAUUUGUGUUUUGUAAUUAUUACAAAUACGUGCCCACAAACGCUUUCUGCCCAUCACAGGGUUAUUACCAGCCAAGAUUGUUUCAUGUUCACAGCUAAUGACCUCUAGGCUUAAUGGUGUGUGUACAUUAAGUCAGCUGGCUUCAGA